UCGGCCCGCCGCUCCCGCGAUGGCUGCGCUGCGGAGGCUCCUGUGGCCGCCGCCACGGCUGUCGCCGACGCUCGGCCCUCAGCAGCCCUUCCUCUCGCCGUGGGGGCGGUCUCCGGGGACGGCUCCCGGGAUGUCGGGCCGGCCCUUCUCCUGCCGGGAGGAGGACGAGGGCGCCGUCGCGGAGGCGGCGUGGCGGCGGCGGCGCUGGGGCGAGCUGAGCAUCGCGGCGGCGGCGGGCGGGGGGCUGGUCGGCCUUGUGUGCUACCGGCUCUAUGGGGACCCCAGAGCCGAGCCCUCGGAGCUAGCGGCCCCCGAACUCGAGGACCCGCCCCGCGGCAGGGGGCUGCUGCCCAUCCCGGUGGCUGCUGCCAAGGAGACGGUUGCUACUGGCAGAGCCGUUACUGAAGACUUGGACCUCUAUGCUACAUCUCGAGAGAGACGGUUUCGUUUAUUUGCAUCUAUAGAAUGUGAAGGACAGUUAUUCAUGACUCCAUAUGAUUUUAUUCUGGCUGUUACAACAGAUGAGCCCAAAUUUGCUAAAACGUGGAAGUCACUUUCUAAACAGGAGUUAAGUCAGAUGCUCUCAGAAACUCCACCAGUUUGGAAGGGAUCAUCAAAGCUUUUUCGAAAUCUUAAAGAAAGAGGUGUGAUUUCUUACACAGAGUAUCUUUUUCUUUUAUGUAUCUUAACAAAGCCCCAUGCAGGUUUUAGAAUAGCUUUCAACAUGUUUGACACUGACGGAAAUGAGAUGGUGGAUAAAAAAGAAUUUUUGGUGCUUCAGGAGAUAUUCAGGAAAAAAAAUGAAAAGAGAGAAACUAAAGGAGAUGAAGAAAAACGUGCAUUGCUGCGUCUUCAACUUUAUGGAUACCAUUCUCCUACUAAUAGUGUACUUAAAACAGAUGCUGAGGAACUUGUCUCCAGAAGCUACUGGGAUACUCUGAGACGUAGCACAAGCCAGGCGCUCUUCUCAGACCUCGCAGAGCGUGCUGAUGACAUCACAAGCUUAGUAGCAGAUACUACACUCCUGGUACACUUUUUUGGAAAGAAAGGAAAAGCUGAGCUCAACUUUGAAGAUUUUUAUAGAUUUAUGGAUAAUCUACAAACAGAAGUUCUAGAAAUAGAAUUUCUUUCCUACUCUAAUGGAAUGAAUACUAUCAGUGAAGAAGAUUUUGCCCAUAUUCUUCUGCGUUAUACUAAUGUGGAAAAUACAUCAGUAUUUUUGGAAAAUGUGCGCUAUAGUAUAUCUGAAGAAAAGGGCAUCACGUUUGAUGAGUUCAGGUCAUUUUUCCAGUUUCUGAACAACUUAGAAGACUUUGCGAUAGCUCUCAACAUGUAUAACUUUGCAAGCCGCUCUAUAGGACAAGAUGAAUUUAAACGUGCUGUAUACGUAGCUACUGGACUGAAACUUUCACCACAUUUGGUGAACACUGUCUUCAAGAUUUUUGAUGUUGACAAAGAUGACCAAUUAAGUUAUAAAGAAUUUAUUGGGAUUAUGAAAGACAGACUCCAUAGAGGAUUCCGGGGUUAUAAAACAGUCCAGAAGUAUCCGACCUUCAAAUCCUGCCUGAAAAAGGAACUUCACAGCAGAUAAAUCAUCCUAAACAAGAAUUGAAGGAUUAUGACCUAUGUGACCAGGCAAGGAGCAAGAUUUUGAGUGGAUCCAAAUGUAAGGUCAGAGCACGCAGAAAAUGAAGGGAACGUGAAAUGUUAUGAAAUUUACAUUUUUUUUUCCUUGAAUGGAGUUUGUCAGCAUCCAACAGGAAAACUGCAUCUUCUAAUUACAAGCAUUAGCCGGGGCUGAACCUGGGCACCGCCAGAGAAAACUUGCUGCAAACACUAAAUAUAAUCAGCCAAGCUUUCAGAGCAGCGACUGACUGUUCUGAACUUCUUCAUUCCCUAAACAUGGGUAGUCCCGAUGACUGCCUGGUCUCAUAUUUAGAUUAUUUAUUUAUUAGAAAUGUCCUUUAUUUCAGAAUAAUUUAUGAAUUAUAGACUAUAGAUGGAAACACAUUUUCCUCAGGUUUGCACUGUGAGCGUGUUUUCAUACAGUGAAUAUUGCUUCAGAUUUGUCCUGGGCCCUUAAAUUGUUAGUAAGUCUCAGUUAUUUAUCUUGUAUUUAAUUAUACUGAAGUAAUUUCAGAAAACAAGUGAAAAUUUACUAAGCAAUAGGAUGGUUUACAUUGUACUUUCAGCUCUUAAAAGUACUUAUGUAAUAUACGUUGUUGGAUUUAUGUAAAUUUUUGUUUGUUUUUGCUGUUCUUUGUGUUUUGUUUUUGUACCAAAGCCAACAGAGAUUCAGUUAUUUUAUUUUAACAGAAAUUUAGAUUUUUUUUUUUUUUUUUUUAAGAAAAGACAGCAGCCAUGUACUGAUGUUAGGAGCAAGAGCAGUGGCAGUAGUAAGCACCACCCUGGGACUCCUAGUCGCAGGUGUGACAUAUGGAACUAAGAACAGUAACAUUGGAUAUUGUUAUAUAUGUCUACAGCAUCAAAGCUAAUAUAAAUGGCCUAGAAGGUUGAUGUAUAUUUAUUUAAUAGGUAGGAGAUAAUGUUUUGUUUCUUGAAAAAAAGGACCACAUUCAAAAUUGAUCCAGUCAGUAGUGAUGAAUCAUUUCUAUGUAAUCCAUUAUAUCGAAAUAAUAUGUCUUAAAAGAGAAAAUAAAACUUUCUCUUGAAAACCCAACUUGAGAGGCUGGCCAGCAUGGGUCACAACUCAAAGUCUGCUUGGCUGUAGUGCGAACUCAAGCCAUCUCGGCAACUUAGAAGAACCCUGCCAAAGAGAAACCACUGGGGCAGUAAGUAGCUUGGUGCAGAGGGUUUGCCUGCCGUGCUUGCGUGAGGCCUUAGGUUUAAUUCCCAACUCUGAAAAAGAAAGGCAAGAGAGGGGAAGGGAAGGGAAAGAAAGAAAUAGAAAAAGAAAAAAGAAAUCCUAGAUUUUCAUGUUGAAAAAUAAUUUUAGAAUAUUUAAUAGAACUUUGGCUACCUGAUAAAAUUGGUUUAUACAAAGGUACUAUAAAAUAAUGCAAUGAGUUUAAGUUAAUAUAUCUAUGUAUUGCAUGUCAAAAGAGUAAUAGAUUUGUUUAUCUCCUUUUGCAAGAUGCACGUAGUAUAAAUUGCAUACACUCCAACCAUGACUUUGCUUUGCAUAGGAAAAUAGGAAACACUGGCUUUAAGUUAUUGAAUGUGAAGUUGAUCUGCAUCAGCCUAUUUGUAAACUGUUAUUUUGGUGUUAUUAUUAUUAUGUUUUUUAGACCUUUCCACAUUCUUUGUCUGAUAUUAUUUAUUGCACCAAUAAAGAAACAGAAAUGUGCAAAUGCAGUCGAGUUAUGUAAUUUCACUUGCUUUGAAACUUUAGUCAUUGAUGCCUAGAGAGAGA